UUCAGGAGACAAACAUUUCCAGUCUUAAAGCAACAUGCUGCAGUUUGUACACAACAAACCGGUUAAACUGAAGUGACAGUACCUGGGCAUUUUACCUAAAAAAAGCAGUCAUGGCAGUAGUCCUUUCUGGUAGAUCCAACAUUUAAAAACAGCCCAUGGAGCUGACUUAAUUCUCUUUCCCCAUCACUGUGAGGCAUUAGAGUAGCAGUCAGGGUAAGUGACAGGAUUUAGUUUUUGUAAAAUGUUACUAAAUGUAAGAUGAGGCAGCAGAUAAACUUUAGAUGGAAAGAAGCUUGGAGUCAGUAAAAAAGGACAUCAGAGUCACUACACUGUAGGUAAGUAAACUCAUUACUCUCUUACAUGAAUCAUUUUCUUCACAAUAAGUAGCAUAGAAUCGACAUACAUGUUGUAAAAUUAACACCUAAUGUAUCAAAAGUCAGCACAUUUCCAAAUAUUUGCGGCAAUUUUAAACUGUUGCAACAAACCGCGCGUAAAGUGAUGCUUUCCAACCUGCUCCAAAAUGAUCUAAACCUAAACAACCAGAGGGAAUGAGGUCACACAUUAUGUAAACGUGUGUCACCCCUGGUACUGCAGGUAAAGUACCUCUCUGGCAGAAGAUUCAUGCUUGUGUGCUCUGCUCUGCGCUUGACUGUGUGCGCUCUGCUCUCGCUCCUGGAUGUCAGCGAAUCACUUCAGUAGAAAGCAGGCUGUGUUUUAUAAAAAGAAAAAAAAAAUCCCGUCGCAUCUGGUGGAGGAAGUUCCUUGCUCUGAUUUUGUCAUAAAACUCCCGCUCUUUAGCUUUACCUCUGUUGGACAGUUUGAUCUGGGGGUAUGGAAGUCGCUUCUGCAUUUCUGUACCUGUUGUGCGUCUGUCUGCGCGUCUCUCUGGCUGCUGAUUGGGAGUCAUUGGACACCAAUUUCACCCACAAUGGUGAUGUAAUCGACUACAAGGAUCCUUGUAAAGCUGGUACAGUGCAUAUGCCUCAUUUUCUACCUGAUUGAUUCUUGUGUUUCUUGUUUGGGUGUAAAGGAUAAAUAUUAUUGGCUGGUAUCUACAGACACUUUAGGCCCUGAUCCCUGUGGGGCUUAAAGCUUAAGUAGGUACGGAUCAUGAUACUCCUACUAUAUAUAUAUAUAUAUAUAUAAAUAUAUAUAUAUAUAUAUAUAUAUAUAUAUAUAUAUAUAUAUAUGACUUUGUUCUAAGAUAAGUGACUCCUUUAUUUUUUUUACAACUGGCUCAAAGCUGAAGAGUACUAGUAGGUUUUGCCUGUAGGUGUGUAUUUUCAGUUUUGCUCAAAGAGUUAUCAGAUAACAAAAUGCAUGUAAAGCAUCAGAAGUUGGCCAUAUUACAUAAUUCACAGUCUGUCUAUGUUUUAUAUGUGAAAUCACAGUCUUUAAAGAACAGCUAAAGCUUUUCAUUUCAUGUGCUGAAGUCCAAAGUUUUAUUCUUUUUUCCACAGUUUGAUAAGUAUCUUUAAAACAUGGAUGUAGAUUUUACUGUGAGCCAGCGAUGAUAAUUACCUGGUGUAAGAUUUCAGAAUAUAUUGAGCUGCUUUAUUACAAUUGUAAAAGUUAUGAUAAUGCCAUUUAACCCAACAGCUGAAUUUCAUAUUUCUGCAACUUCUCAGAAAGUACAAUUUAAGUUGAUUAAGAUGGACUGAUGCAGAGCAGCUCCUAGUCCCGUGUGUUAAAUUUGACCUACAAUAUAUAGUUAUUUUUUUCAUGUGAUAUUGUUUAAGUAAAGCAACAAUAAGGUGACAGAAAGUCCUCUGUAUGUUACAAUAUCAGGUAAUGAUUGCAUCAUAUUUAAAGGACAGUAAUGUAUGAAUGUAUUGAUCUUUAAGGUGCUAGUGAAAUCCCAUCUGUUGAAUGCAGUAGAUUAAGACUGGUCUCGAACAGUGAGUAAAGGGGACAAGGUGAGUCUGCAAGAGUGAAGUAUACGCGUAGCUCACAAAUGUAAUUCUGAAGUGACUGGUUUAUGGCUGUUUUUAAGUAAAGGGAUCAAUUUGUUAUCUUUAAAAUACGCCAGUUUCCAAAUUUAAUCCACUUUAUAAAAGAAACAUCCAUGAACAUGUUCUGUUUUUAAUAUGGAUGUUAGCUCAGAACUGCUGAGUCUACGCCACAUGUGCACAACUUUAUUUACUCCUGUUUCUAACAGGGUAAACAAUCACUUUUAUAACUCAGGGCCCUUCGCUGCUCGGGGUCCCUUUUCACUUGUGACUUCAGAAACGUCCAAAACACACCACUCGUCCCCUUCUGAGCUGUUGCCAGGAGACCAGAGGUCAUUGAGGCCGUGCCAGCUCGGUCCUCGGCUGGACGCCGGUGAAAUCCCUCUGGCUGCAGGGCAUGGGGUGCACGCUGCAGGAGUGACAGUCAUUUACAGUCACCCUUUGCAUGAGUGAAUUCACUUCAAAGGCCGACACAGGGCCCACUACGUCUUUUCAUUUAGACUUUCACAGUCUCUUACAUCACACGGCUAAAUGAGGUAUUCAACGGGAAAAACUCCAAACAGCCGUCCAGCUUGAGAUCUUGAUUUAAACAGGAAGUAAUGUCAUAAUGAUGGAAACAACAUGUUGAUCCCAGAGGAGAGCAAAGUCGGCCAAAUGUGAAUGUGAUGUCACCUACAAUGGCUUAACCACUCAGUUACAUCUUUAUUCUUAUUAUUGCAGACAUAAAAUUAACAUUUGGGCAUCAGGAUGAAGUUUUAGUGUGACUAAGGCACUUCAAAUGAACUUUAUAUUUUGAGACAGCUGUUAAGGUUUCUCCAUUUAUGUCCAGGCAAUAACUUUUGUUGGUUUUGAUUGUCUGUUCUUUUUUCACAAGGUAAGGAUGAAUUUUCUUUAAGGAGCUCGAUUUUUUUGUGUUAUUUUAGCUUUUUUAGAGCUCAUGUUGGAUCCCUCUGCCUCUUUUUCUACAUUGACCUGACCGUCCCUGAUUAUGUUACGAAUGAUGGAAUCCUUUCGAUCUUUUACUCAGCUAAAAACAGAUACAUCCCAGAAUAAAACUUGACCAUAAAUAUCUGUCUGCAGAAAAAUUGUAGCUGAAUAACUAAUUAGUUUAAUAUGAGAGUGUUUCAGUGAAUUACUGCACAAAUUACAAAUACAAAUACAGAUUUUACUGUACUUGAUAAUUUUAUUUACACACCAUCUAAAGAUCAAUAAUAACAAUAAUCCCACUGAGCAUUUUUUGGUCUAAAAGAGAUCAAAUAGACGUCUAAAUGUAGCCUAGACGACUGGACUAAAAUCAGUCUACCACAGGUCUAAAAGUUUAAGUUUUUUAGACGUCUAAAUUUAGACCAAGUUUUAAUCUGGGCUAUAUCUAUACACUGUAUAUUGCUCAACAGCUAUCAUAGUUAUUUUGGUUAAGUACUUGGAGAUCAGUUAUGCAACUCACAGUUGCUUUUUUAAAUAAAUAGUUAUCAAAUAAUAGGUUAAAGUGCAACAUCUAAAUUCUGUUUAAAAAUACGCAGAAUCUAGACAGUUGAAAUUAGGUCUACAUAAAAACUAGAUGUCUAAUAGCCAUCUAUUACUCAGUGGGAUCAAUCAAGAGAUUGCUGCAAUAAAUAUAUAUAUCUCAUUACUUCACAUCUGCAGAUAUUGUUUAGGAAGAGUCAAAUAAUGGAAACAGUGAGUUUUGAUAUGAUUAUCAUGAGUAAUUACCGAUUUUAAGAAAUCCGAGUCUUCAUCUGUCACCUUUUCUGGAAAUUAAGAUUGUAGGUAUUUCACAAAGUAAAUCCUCCCAUGAUUUGUUUUUAAUCAUUUUUGAACUCCACAAUUCAAAGAUACCAAUAAAUGUCAUUAAUGUUGUAUAAUUCAGCCUUUUCAAUCAUGUAAACUCCUGAAAGAACAGUUGGUCAAUAUUGUUAGAGUUGGUUACAAUAGCCGAGCUGUGAGAUUCUGGGGAAAUACAACUGUUCAGACAACUAUAGGUGACUCUGUUACAACAAUUCAGCUUAAAAAUGCUCAGUGUACUGUGGGUUACCGUUUCAGUAGCUUUUCAGCAACACUGCAAAGUCCAGCACAGUUAGAUCACGAUACUGUAAAGUAUCCAGGUCACAUCUUCUUUUCUGUAAAAUGACUCAGCAGUUGGACAGUCGUGUAUUUGGGAGGUGUGUUUGCUGAUCAAACAGACACAUGGAGCCCUGCUCAGGCCUCUUCUCAGGACAAACAGACAAAACGAAUCAUGCAGGGUUUCGGUUUUCAUUAGAGGGACACUCAGAAUACUUUUAAAAAUGUUAAAAUAACUUCAUCUUCAGAAAGCAUAUCUGCAUAGAUAGGUACAGAGGAGGUUAUAGGAUUUCCAAUCAAGUUUUGACCAAAAAAAUCUGUGAAGUUCAAAAGAUAAAGACAUUAUAAUUGCCCAUCUCGUCAAAGUUUUAUUUUUUUAUAAGUUAGUUGAAGUGCUGUAAAAAAUGUAGGCAGCAUCUACUCUUCCAGACUAGACUUGUAUGAUUUAAUCCUAACAUUUCUUUGUAAAUCUUAAACACAGUUCUACAUGCUUGUGUUGUUUAUCUGUUUGUUCAAUUGUUUGCCAGCUGCCUUUUGGGGAGAUAUUGCCCUCGAUGAAGACGACCUACGCAUGUUUCGAGAAGUUCACAGAGGCAACAGCGCACAACAUGCUGAUCAGACCAACCACACAGACUUGGGUAUCAAAACAGAAAUACAUGUACCAACCUAUGAAUGUCCUUACUGACUGUUUAGAGACUUCAACUUGAAGCUAAUCAAUGCAGAUUUGUUAUUUCCUAGGUAACAGCUCCUCUUCCACUGAGAGUGUCAGCAGUCAAAGAGUCGCAGACAAGCGCAGUCUCCAUCGUCUCCGGAGAGCAGCCACCUCCAGACCUGAGCGAGUGUGGCCGGACGGCAUCAUCCCUUAUGUCAUCAGUGGUAAUUUCAGUGGUGAGUUCUGAAUGAAAACAUUAAAAAAAUCUUGUUUCUCUCCCUGGAGCAAAAGUUUGGUUGUUUCCAUGUGAGGUUUUGAUGGUCUGAAAUCAGGUCAAACUAUAAUUUCUUUCAGGCAGUCAGCGGGCCAUUUUCCGUCAGGCCAUGCGUCACUGGGAGAAACACACCUGUGUAACAUUCACAGAGAGGACGACUGAAGAAAGCUAUAUUGUGUUCACCUACCGACCCUGUGGGUGAGUUGGCUACAGGAGAGUCAUUAUUAAAGCUCCUGUGAGGAACUUUUUUUACAUCAAUGAAAUGAACUUAAAUCACUAACACUUUACAAUAACCAUAACUUAUAAAUGGUAAAUAGAUAGUUUAUUAAUGUUAAAUCAUCAUUUGGCAUACAGACCAUUAAUAAACUGUAAAUUUUACAAUUUCAAAAACCUGACCCUAACUUUACAAUAACCAUCUAAGUAAUGUUUAUAGGUGGUUCAUAAACCACUUAUCAACCAUUUACAAAGUGCUACUGACACACAUUUUAAUCCAGAUGUUUUACAACCAAUAUUAAAACCCUUUAUAAACCUUUAGCAAAUAGUCCUUUAAUAAUUAAUGAAAAUUAUUCAUCAUAAUUUCAUUGCUUGUUAACAGUAAAGUAACUGUUAACCUGUAUUAAUAAACUAUUUAUUUGCCAUUUGUAAAUUAUGGUUGUUGUAAAGUGUCACCCUUAAAUCCAUACUGAUGCCUUUUCAUGGUAUUUAAAAACAAACAAGACCAUCAGUGACAUAAUUGGUGAUUUAAAAAUAGUUAGUUUUCAUACAUGAAAAUAGUUCAAAGGGGGAGCUCGAUCAUCAAUGUUAUGAUCUCCCGCAGGUGUUGCUCCUAUGUGGGCAGGAGAGGCGGUGGACCUCAGGCCAUCUCCAUAGGAAAGAACUGCGAUAAGUUUGGCAUCGUGGUCCACGAGUUAGGCCAUGUGAUCGGCUUCUGGCACGAACACACCCGUCCAGACCGUGAUGAACAUGUGAGCAUCAUCAGGGACAACAUCCAACCAGGUACAGUUCACUGAAGUAUGUGUUAAGGCGACUAAAUGUGUUAGCACAUGUGUGUGCUCCAGAUGUUUUUCCUUUCAUUGAGUCCAGUGACGAUGUGAAUGUGACCAGGACAGGAGUAUAACUUCCUGAAGAUGGAGCCAGACGAGGUCGACUCACUCGGGGAGGUGUACGACUUUGGCAGCAUCAUGCAUUAUGCAAGGAACACUUUUUCCAGGUUGGCAUGAACCAACUUUUUAUGUCUUAUUUUUCUUUCCUCAAGUUUAAUUCAUGGAAGGAUUUCAUCACUUUCAUUUGCUUGUCUAAAAUCACACUGACGCUUUUUUUACUGUCUUGCUCUGGUUUACAUUAAUAAGCCGCACAGACUACCUCCACUGGGGUCAUUAUAGGUUGUUUUAGAGCUUUUUGUUGAGUAGUCAUGAUUCACUGUCUGUCCUGUCUGUUUAUUUGAACUGCAGGCAUACCGUGUGCACCAGUCUGUUUCUCAUACAGUGCCAAUAACUUGCUUUUAAAUCCUUCACAAGUGACUGGACUCAUUUAUUUCCACAUAUUAAUGCAUCAGACAUGCACUUGUGACCUGCUGCACCCUUAUCUGUUCAGCUCUGCUAAAAGAGCGCCAUAGGAAACCUUGUAGGAUUUGAUCUGUUAUUGUCACAGAAAUGGUUUCACACUAGUCUUCUUUUCAUUUCUGUCUCGUGCAUGUUGUUGCCCCGUUGCUUUUUUACUCUGCUCUCUUGGUGUUUUACCCCCAUCACUGCUUUGCUGGUCUGGGUCAUGGAGGCAGGCCAAGCUAAAUAAAGGCCUGGUAGCCCUGGCUUUGUUGAACAAUUUGGGCUGGAGUGGCCUUUUUCUCUGGCAUUCAGGAGUGGGCUCCACUGAGCCGCCUGGCACCGGGGAAAGGCCCCAUUCAAAGCGCUCUGUUUGCACAUGCCUGUCAUUCAUGGCUGCAUCACCAUGGGAACUGUGCGAGAGGGAGUUCAAAACCCAGGGAGAGAUUAUCAAAAUCAAUAAAGUAUCAAGGUUUUGAACAGAAGUGGAUCUAAACAGAAUCCUGUCCUCAGCGUGGAUCAUCAGCGUAGAUCAGAGAUGUUUUUCUAGAUCAGGCCUCUUGAAAUGUCACUGAGUUUGAGUUGUUCGAUGCUUUGAUCUGAACCUGAACUGCUCAUGUUUGUGAUCUGUCUUAAAUAGAGGCAUCUUUUUAGACACCAUCCUGCCCCGUUAUGAUGUGAAUGGAGUCAGGCCGCCUAUCGGACAGAGGACACAGCUGAGCAAAGGGGACAUAGCACAAGCCCGAAAACUCUACAAGUGUGCAAGUAAGAUGCUUUAUCUGUAGUAUGUGUGGACAAUAAAAUCACCAGAAGACGAUAUUCAUCUGAUUAUAUCUACAAUAUUUAUUUCAAAUAAAGCAAAAGCAGAGCAAUGACACCAAUAAGUUCAGACUGAGCUUUAAUGAUUGGGUUUUUCACCGUAACCUCAGCACUGUGUGCACAAACUAAAAUAAAAAAUACUCAUUAUUCUGGGUCUUUCUUGCUUUAAACACUCUUGUUAGUAUAACCAGGUGUGUUAGAUCAAGUUGGGUUUUUGAUUGUUUGUUUGUUUGUUUGAUUAUUUGAUAAAGAGUGUGGGGACAACCUCCAAGAGAGUUCUGGAAACUUCUCAUCUCCUGGAUUUCCAAACGGGUACUCGGCGUACGCUCACUGUGUGUGGAGGAUCUCUGUCACUCCUGGAGAAAAGGUAAGUGAUUGAAAAAAAAAGGAAACUAAAUACAUAAAGUUUGUUGGCUAGUUCAAUUCAAGCAAAAAUCCUUUUAUAACUCUCUGUUAAUCGUGCUGCGUUUGAGUUACCUCGGAAGUCAAAUGUCCGAGCUGCGAAUGACCUUUCACCAGAGUUACCAGUGUUUCAACAACCAAGUCAGAAAAAAGCAAAAUCGGAGGUGGAAGCAAGAUAGCUACAUCAAAGUUAUUUUAGUGCUUGCCUUGUUCAAAUAUAAGCAAAUUCUUGACAAAUAUGAGGUCCUUCUGCAACAUCUUGUUUCCGCCUCCGAUUUUGCUUCUUUCCGACUUGAUGACUAAAACGCUGGUACCUUGGGUGUGACGUCAUUCCCAGCGCCGACAUCCGACUUCCGUGGUAACUUGAACACAGCACAAGCCAUGACAUUAGCCUUCAAAUGGGAAAAUUCAAAAGUGUACAUUUACUUUUGGCUCUUAAACUGAAGGUGUUGCUGCAGGUUCAUUUAAACACACAUGUCAUGCAAAGAUAACUUUGUAUGAUAAAGUUUGAAUUGGACGCACAGUUCAUGACAAUUGUGGGAUAAAUGUCAGGCGUUUAGGAGUACAGGGCCACCCACCCUAAAGCAGUAGAAAAUGUCUGGUUUGAAACCUGAAAUGAACUCUGAUGUUUUCAUUUGUGUCAGAAAAUUUCCUUCAUAGAGACAGAAGGUAAACACUCACACCAAAUCUGCUCUCCAUCUGUACCCUUUGUCUCUCAGAUUGUCUUGAACUUCACAUCCCUAGACCUUUUCAGGAGCCACUUAUGCUGGUAUGACCAUGUGGAAGUCCGAGACGGGUUCUGGAGAAAAGCUCCUCUCAAAGGUCUCAGACUUCAUUUCAUAUGUUAACCUCUUUACGCUGGGUAACUCACAGACAAAAUAUGAUACAAAAUCCUGGAAUCCACCCACUCAGCAUGGUCAAAGUGUGUUUUUUCUGUUCACUUUGGCAGGACGUUUUUGUGGAGACACACUUCCAGAGCCCAUCACCUCCACUGACAGUCAGCUGUGGGUUGAGUUCAGGAGCAGCAGCAGCUGGGUGGGCAAAGGAUUUUCAGCCGUCUAUGAAGGUACAACUUUUGAUGGGAUUCAGGAUGUCAAUAUCAAAUAUCAAACAACAUCAAAUCUGACAGAAAUGACUGAGUGUCAUGAUUUCUCUGCAGCGAUUUGUGGAGGAGAGGUAGAGCGAGACAGUGGUCAGAUCCAGUCUCCCAACUAUCCUGAUGAUUAUCAGCCCAACAAAGUGUGUAUUUGGAAAAUCACUGUGGAGGAGGGUUUCGAUGUCGGCCUCUCCUUCCAGUCGUUUGAUGUAAGAUCCCCAUUAUUUUAACUUCUGUUGGAAAAAUAAUCAUUAUCAUAAAUCUCAAGUAAUGUUUUUGAUUUCCAUGUGUGUUUUAAAAACACAAGAUUAAGUUGAAAAUGUUCUGUCACCUGAUGUGAAAUAUCUUCACAUCCACUGCAGUUUGAGAGACACGACAGCUGCGCUUACGACUACGUUGAAGUGAGGGACGGCGGUUCAGAGAGCAGCCCGCUGCUCGGCCGUUUCUGUGGCUACGACAAACCCGAAGAUAUCAAAAGCAGCUCCAACCAGCUCUGGCUGAAGUUUGUCUCAGAUGGAUCUGUCAACAAAGCUGGGUUUGCUGCCAACUUUUUCAAAGGUCACAAAAUCAUUUCACCUGUGAACCGCCUGCACUUUUAAGAGCUUCUGUUUUUGGUCUAAAUCUGGGAAUUUUUUUACUGGCAGAGAUGGACGAAUGCUCGAGACCCGACAAUGGUCACUGCCAGCAGCGCUGUCUGAACACUCUGGGCAGCUACAGAUGUGCCUGUGACCCUGGAUUUGAGCUGGCAGCUGACAGACGCAGCUGUGAGAGUGAGUGAGCAGCAUGACUUCACACAUUUACGUAAUACUGAUAUCCAACAUGACGGUCCUACUACUUUAAAUAAAACCUAGAAAAAUUGUUCAACUGGUAAAACUUUUAACCUUUACUAAAAGUUUUCCCUUUAAAGGGAUAUUCCGGCGUAAAAUUAAUUUAAGGUCAUUUAUGACUAAUUUAUGAUCAUGUCUUCAUAGAAAUGCAAUCAGACCAGGACGAUAAGGUAGAGGAACUACUGCGUCUGCAGUGCAAAAUGGUUAAUAUGGUGAUUAUUACUUCAAGGAAAUUAUAAAGAAAUGAUCAUAAAUGUUCUUCCUUGAGCUGCGUCACCCCGCAGCAGUCCGUAAUGGACUGGCCUGAGGUCUCACCACAAACAAGCAGCUGCUGGAAGAGAGUGGGUGAGUUGUGUUUAGUCUCUUUGCUAAAGAAAUUAGGCAAAGUUAAAAAGAUGUUUGGUGGCUGGGACCCUAUAUGUACUGUUGAUGAAGUUAGGUGCUGUUCUGAGCAUUAUUUGUGGCUAUAGAGUGGCAUUUUGGUUGAGGUUUGUUUAUGGCUCCUCAGACCGCUGUGUUUUGCUAUCCUGCGGUCGUUACUAAAGUUGGUUUAACUAGAGAAGCAAGCGGUCGGCAACAUUCAACCCUCGAGGAGGUGUCUUACUCAGUGUUAUAGUGUGUUUGACCCUAAAUUAAUUUUACACCGAAAUGUCCCUUUAAGUAAUAGUCCUAGCUUAGCUCAGCUCAAACACUGGAAUCAAGGGCCCACAGCUACUCAACUUUGGCCUUGUGAAAAGUACGCAUCCAUCAUGUUCCUCCGUUUCAGGUCAGUAUGUGAGGCAGCUGGUUUAUGAUGCUUUAUAUACUCAAGGUUUGCAGAAUUCAUUCAUCAGAAGUGAGUGUUUCUUUUUCUUCUACCACAAGAGGGCAGUGCUACACUAUUGCAACUGAAAGUCCACAUGAGACCUAAACUUGAAAAGUUUUUCUUCAGCGGGUCCAGAGACUACAUCACUUGUAUUUUUUAAAACACAUUGUUACACAUCUAAAAGGUAAAAUCAACCUAAAUGGUGGAUCUUGGAGAUCAAGAGGGUACUCGGUUUGAUUUAUAAUAAGGGUUCCUGUUUUUUUUUUUUUAAGUGCACCACUUCUAGUGACUUACAGUAAGAAACUUGAUAUUAACGAUGUGAUUUGAUUAGUGUUGUUCUGUUUCUUGACACAUUUGUCCCUGUAACAAAAUUUCAUCAGAUAUUGAUUAACUUUAAAAUGAGCAACACUUCCAAAGCUAAUAGUUUAAGUUAUUGAAGUUGAGCAACUGUAUUUUCCUCUUACACCUUUGCUACUAAAACCCGUGCUCUCCCCCUCCAGCAGCUGCCUGUGGUGGGUUUAUCACUAAGUUGAAUGGCUCCCUCACCACCCCUGGGUGGCCCAAAGAAUAUCCACCAAACAAGAACUGUGUGUGGCAGCUGGUGGCACCUGUCCAGUACCGCAUCACUCUGGUUUUUGACAUGUUCGAGACCGAAGGAAAUGAUGUAAGUUAAAGAAAGUGAUGCACAUGUUUUGGCUUUGAACCCUGUGUGAGACUCGGCUCCUGUUUUAGUGUUUUAUGGUUUGUUUUUAGUUAUUUGUUUCUAUGUUUUCAAAUUAGUUUUUAAAAACAUUGAAACUAUAUUUUACUUUUUAAUAUCUGCUUUUAUUUUAUCCAUUGUUUUAAUUGUUUUUUGAUUGUUUUUUAUGUUUGCAUUGUUUUGUCUAUUUAUGUACAGCACUUUGUUCAGCUAUGGUUGUUUUAAAGUGCUUUACAAAUAAAGUUGAGUUGAGAGUCUAUAAUAUUUAAGGCAGUUUUACAGGACAGUGUUUAAUUCUUUGUGUUUGCCAUCAGGUGUGUAAAUACGAUUAUGUGGAGGUGCGCAGUGGGUUGACUUCAGACUCAAAGCUUCAUGGGAAGUUCUGUGGAGCGGAGAAACCCGAGGUCAUCACCUCCCAACAAAACAACAUGAGGAUUGAGUUCAAGUCGGACAACACCGUUUCCAAGAAGGGCUUCAAGGCUCACUUCUUCUCUGGUUAGUCAGGGAAAAAAGGGGAUCAAUUCAGGAAAUCAAUUCUUGAAAAAGUGGAAACUCAAAUUUCAAAAAAGCUGUGACACAGUUAAGUUUGAAUAAAAACAGUUUUGAUGGCCAACAAAUCCUUAAAACCUCAGAUUUAAAUGUUAUAGUGAAAAGAUAAGGUGUGAUAUUUGAACAUCAAACAUAAAACGUAAUAGGAACAUGUUUAUUAUCGUGUGGCAUUACUUUUUUAUGACAACUUUCAAUAUGUUUGGGAGCUGAAGAGACCAGUUUCUGAAAUUUUGUAAGUGAAAUUUCCCACCAGUCAUCAGUUCAGGGUCUCCUCAUUUAGAUUUUUGUUUUCAUGAUGCACCAAAUGUUUUCAAUGAGUCACAAGAUCUAUUAUAUACAACAAUCUAUUCUGAGUAUUGAGACACAAACCACAGUGUCCUCUGAACUCACUUUAUGUCGAGGACAGGGAGAACUGAGAUCUUAAAAAUUUUAGGUCCAUCAGAGAUGUUUUAUUCAGACAUGAUCCAUGGUGCCCUCAGCUACAGAUCUGGGCUUUAAAUUCAAUGUCUUUUCUGCCUGAUACAACAUUUUCACAGGAAUUUUUUUUUUUUUUUUUUUUUUUAACAUUUCAACAGACAUCGAUGAGUGCUCCAAGGAAAACGGAGGUUGCCAGCAUGAAUGUGUGAACACCUUUGGGAGCUACAGCUGUCAGUGCCGCAGUGGCUUCAUGCUGCAUGAUAACAAACACGACUGCAAGGAAGGUACAGUUUGUAUUUCUAAGAGCACUUUGAAGAGUUCAUGCAGCCGAUUCAGUCUACAGGGAAUACAAAGGAACUGGAUUGCAUUUCUUAUUUUGAUCCCUAAUAAAGUCUCUGGUUUCUCCUGACCGGCUACAGUCAGAUUUAAUUUUUACAUCCGUGUAAAAAGCCCACCACGGACCCAAGUGAGGGUGGCUUACUUAGGAACUACUCAGAGCCACUUGGACCCUGUUAUUUGUUCAGAUUUGGGAAAUCCCCAGAUUGUGAGUGUGGAAAGAUUUAGUUUUGCUUUCUCUUUCCUUCACUUUUGGUUGACUCCUGCUCCGAGGAAAAUACUUUAGAGGGCGUCUGUGUUACACAGGAAAUGAUGUGAUGCAGCUUUUAUUGUUUGGCUCUAAGAUGGCUUAUUGUUGUUUUCCAGCUGGCUGUGAUCAUGCUGUAAACACUGUGUCAGGCACAAUAAGUAGCCCGAACUGGCCUGAUAGAUAUCCCAGCAAGAAGGCCUGCACCUGGUCUCUGUCCACGACUCCAGGCCAUCGCGUCAAACUGGUACGUCAUGGAUGUUUUUAACCUAAUUUUGUCUUGACCCAAAUAAAAGACAUAAAAAGAUGUCACUCAUAGCUGUCUAAAAAUGACCCUUAGGUUUUCAAUGAGAUCGACAUGGAGUCACAUCUGGAGUGUGCCUACGAUCACCUGGAGAUUUAUGAUGGGCGAGAUGCACGUGCCCCAAGUCUGGGACGCUUUUGCGGCACUAAAAAGCCCGUUCCUGUUGUCUCCAGCGACAACAAAAUGUUCCUGCGUUUUUUCUCAGACAACUCGGUGCAGAAGAGAGGCUUCGAGGCCUCAUACAGAGCAGGUGGGGGAGUGCGGCAAAAAACAACUUUGCUACAACCAAAACGGAGAGAGAAUAGAAAACUAAAAAUGUGAUAUUUCAACUACUGGUUUGUAUUCUGCUGUGUUUGGAGGGCUAAAUUCUUCCCCUAGUUUUAUGAGCUCCUCUUUCUGACCCUCUAAUUUUGUGGUUGUGAAUUCCCAGAGUGCGGAGGAAGCCUGGAAGCCGAGGUCAAGACUAAAGAUCUCUACUCUCACGCCCAGUUUGGAGAUAACAACUACCCCAGUGGCUCUGACUGCCUGUGGGUGGUCUCGGCUGAGAAGGGGUACGGGGUGGAGAUCAUCUUCCAAGUGUUUGAGAUCGAAGAAGAGGCAGACUGCGGGUACGAUUACGUGGAGCUGUAUGACGGUGCUGACGUCAAGUCUCCAAGGCUGGGGCGAUUUUGUGGAUCUGGGGUAAAGCUAAAAAUACGUUUCCUCUGAAAAAACAAACAACAAAAUUUAAACUACUGCGCAUUAUUUCUUAAAAACCUUCUCUUUCUCUCAUUUUUGUUUCUCAGGCCCCGGAGGAAGUCUACUCUGCGGGGGACGCCAUCAUUUUAAAGUUUCACUCAGAUGACAGCAUCAAUAAAAAAGGAUUUCAUGUGCGCUACACAAGUACAAAAUUCCAGGACACAUUACACGCAAGCAAGUGACUCCUCCAAAGCUAUCCCAAAGCUAAAUGAAGACUUAAGCCCUAACAUUUAGUGGGACACACCCCACAUCCAGACACGGAGCCAAUGCUUGGAUUGACACCACAAACACCAACCCACAUACUUCUCAUACACAUCUGUUCGAGUGAGGCGGUGCGAUGAAGCUGUGCCUUCACUCUGCUUUAUUAUAGAGCUUUAUAGGAAGAAAGUAGAGGGGAAGCAUGCAGUGAUUUUUUUUUUUGGAUAGUUCCAGAUGCACAUUAUUUUUUAGAACCGUGUUUAAGGUAUAAAAUGUAUAUAUUGUGAUAUUUUUUUUUUUUGCCUUUUUUAAAAAUCUGAAUCAUGUGUCACUUUUUACUGUCCAAAAAUAAAAGUUUGACCACUUCUUUUGAAUAUAAA